CGUACUGACGUCCUCUGUUGUGUAGCCUUGUAGCUAGCUGGAUAGUUGUUUGUAGCUGGUCCAUUCCGACAGAGCUCUAGUGUGGGCUAAGUGGUUCCGUUUAUUUUAAUAAAGCUACAAUAACGUUAUAAUUGUCACGAUGGCUGGAACUGUAGCGCGCAGAGCUGUUGACUACCUGAAGAGCAAAGAAUUCAGAGAUUAUUUGACGAGGUAGCAUUUCUGGGGUCCAGUGGCUAACUGGGGUCUACCCAUCGCUGCUAUUUCUGACAUGAAGAAAAGUCCUGAGAUUAUCAGCGGGAGAAUGACAUUUGCUCUGACGUGCUACUCCCUCCUCUUCAUGAGAUUUGCUUACAAAGUACAGCCAAGGAAUUGGCUGCUCUUUGCCUGUCAUUUAACCAAUGAGACAGCCCAACUAAUUCAAGGAAGUCGGCUGAUCAAAUACAACAUGGAAAAGAAGCUGGCCAAGUAAUGGACUUCAGGAGGAACUCACCUUGCACAGCGGGUUCACAGCAAUGGGCUCAUUUUUCUCCUUCUUGUUCUGCCCAUGUGGUAGCAGUUAUUUAACAAUGAACUAAUCAAUGUAGAUAGUAACUGCCUCUGGACCAGAUCUGUUCCGCAGAGCAGCUAUCCAGGCAAAGCGCCAACUCCUUGAAUCUUAUGAAUAAAUUGUAUUUCUUUUGUCAAAGUUAUUACGCACAAAUUAUGAAAUGGGUGGAAUGUACAUAUGCCUUGUUUGACAACUUUUAAACAACUGGUACAGAAACGUUUCUGUUUUUUAAAAAAGGUCUGCCAUUAUGAUAAAUACAUACCAUAUAUUCUUCUUAUUUUAAUUUGGAGUAAUUUAUUUCAAAUGAUAAUAUGGCCAUCACCGAACAGACACAAUAAACACUGUAUUAAAGGGAAA